AGCUCGGGGUCCUUCUAGUGUUCUGCUCCACACCCUGCUAACACUCAGGGUCUAAAGCUUUGUUUAAUGUGGGUGUGGGUGUGCGGGGCUUGAUGGAUCCUAGUUGGCAUCAGGACCGUUAGAACUGCGGUUUCUGCUGUUUGAAGUUCUGGAGAAGUUCUGCUGUCCUGUCGCAAUGAACACUUGGAGUGUUAAUCAGUGACAUGAAGAAAUCUUUGCCACGGCGAUGCCGUGGUUGCCCUCAGCAGUCUUUACCACAACAAGGGCAUGGUAACCGCCAGAAUUUGUUGCCACGGCGACAAUGCCGCCGUUAUGAGGCGGAAGCAAAGGAAGCGUGUGAUUGGCUGAGGGCAGCGGGAUUCCCCCAGUAUGUACAACUGUAUGAAGCUGGUCUGUUUCCCAUUGACAUCACCUCAGUCAGGCGGGACCACGAGUUUCUGGACCAGGACUCUGUGCGAGCGUUGUGCAGGAGGCUGGUGACCUUGAACACAUGUGCGGCUAUGAGUCUAGAGGUUCACUUCCAGUGCAAACAGAGUGAGGACUCUGAGGAUGACGACGUGUGUGCUCUGAGCUCUCGUUGGGCGUUCCAGCGUGAGAGUAAAACUUGGUCCCGCCUCUGUACCGUCUCCCCUCCCCCUGACCCCCGCGGUAAUGGGGUCACAACCCUGCGGCCCUCAGCCAGCAGUGACAGUGUGCUGAGUGACUUCAGUCACCUGGAUGUGGCCUCACUGACCUCUGACCUCAGUCUCAGUAGCCUCAGCCUGGACAGCACCCGGGAAACGACCUCUCCGGGGAUCAUGAACUUUAGCAAGGUCAUGCAGGGUGAGAGGUCAGGAUCAGCAUGCGCGUCGUCCAGUCGGGAGGCAGUCCAGGAUGACUCCCCAUCUCCGCCGUCCUCCUGGAUCGCGCGAAGACGUGAGAGACCGGUGGCCACCACAGGCAUUUCCACAGAGACGUGGCAGCAGAAGCUGGUACUGGGCUUACCAGGCCGGAGCGCGAACAACCGCACCGUUACCAAGGAUACUGCCUGGAAGUCGCACACGAUAUGUCGGAGCAACGUUAGCCAACCGGCAGCUCCGUUCCAGCCUCAGAGGGCGUGUCUUUACCUGGAAGACUACCAGCUGGCGUGGGAGAGGUCAAAGGUGACCAAUCGCAGCGAGCCCAGACUCAUCCAUCUCCCGUCCGACCACAAACCCGGAACCUUCCCCAAGUCCCUGUCCAUGGACAGCCUCUCCCCCUCCUCCCACACUCAAUGCAGGGACCGGCUCGGCUGGCCGCUCGAGGACGGCGACUUCUCUCUGGGCGGCAGCAGCAGUUGUAGCGACUCGCAGGACUUCCUGUCGACCGGCUCCGGGAAGAGGCGGAAUUCCGUUAGCUCGAUUGGGAGCGUCUACGACAACGUUCCGGAGGUGUUUACGGUGAGCCCAGAGGACAGGAGUGCGUGUGAUGGGGAGACGGCCGUCCAGGACCUGGACGCCAUCCUGCACGACCUGCAUGGCCUCCAGGACAACAUCGACCAGUGGUCUCGCACCCUGAGUCAGCAGGACCGAAAGAGCGGGGCGGAAACUACGUUACCCAGCAGCCCCCAGUACGAGGACAUGGGCACAACGGCCAGUGAUUACGAGAGCGCAGGAACCUCGCUGCACGAAGGCGAGGCCGACGGACACGUGAGAGAGAGAAGGGACUCUGGGAUGGGCGCGUCGCUCACACGGCCUAGCAGGAAGCUACGCUGGCACAGUUUCCAGAACUCUCACCGUCCGAGUGUGUCGUCGGCGUCUCAGGAGAUCAACAGACAGUCGGCGGCUCAACUAAACCUGCUGCAGAAACACAGCCUGCUGCGUCUGACAGCCAUACUGGAGAAACACUGUGAUACUGGGAGACACGACAGGAGAUGGGCAGUGCCAAAGUUCAUGAAGCGUUCCAAAGUUCCUGACUACAAAGACAAGCAUGUGUUUGGGGUUCCAUUAAUCAUAAACGUCCAGCGCACUGGUCAGCCCCUCCCCCAGAGCAUCCAGCAAGCCAUGAGAUACCUGCGCAGUCAGUGUCUGGAGAAGGUGGGAAUAUUCCGGAAGUCUGGUGUUAAAUCCCGUAUCCAGGCAUUGCGUCAGCUCAAUGAGAAUUCCCCGGAUCAUGUGACCUAUCAGGGCCAAUCAGCUUUUGAUGUAGCAGAUCUGCUAAAACAGUAUUUCAGAGACCUGCCAGAACCCAUCCUCACCUCCAAACUCACAGACACCUUCCUACACAUAUACCAGUUUGUGUCCCUGGAUCAGAGACUCCCUGCCGCACAGUCUGCUGUGCUCCUCCUCCCAGAUGAGAACAGGGAGGUGCUACAGACGCUCCUCUACUUCCUGAGCGAUGUAGCCUCCGCCCCCCACAACCAGAUGACGGCCGAGAACCUGGCUGUGUGCCUCGCCCCCUCCGUCCUGCACCUCAACACCUCCAGGAGAGACCCCGCCUCCCCCAGGUUAAUCACCAUGAAGGGCGGAGCCAAACCAGACUACAAGGACCUGAGUGAAAACAUGGCUGCUACCCAGUGCUUGAGUCACAUGAUAACAGAAUGCAAGAAACUGUUUCAGGUUCCUCACGAUAUGAUGCUCCAGUCCCGUAACUCCUACGUAGCCGCAGACGCUCAGCCGCUGCCUCUGCAUGGUAUUGGUAUGAACUCCCGCGGUGAGCAUGUGGACUACAGGACGUACCUUCAGGACAACAUCCAGUGUCUGCUGCGCGAGACCUCCGAGAGGUCCAAGGGCUGGCACAGUACACCUGGCCCAGAGAACACGGAGCUGGCCUAUAAGAAGGUGGGGGAUGGGCACCCAAUUCGCCUGUGGCGUGUUUGGACAGAGGUGGAGGCGCCGCCCACCGUGGUGUUGCAGCGUGUGCUGCGAGAGCGCCACCUGUGGGACGAGGACCUACUGCACAGCCGAGUGAUUGAGAGUCUGGAGGAUAACACGGAGGUGUUCCACUACAUCACAGACAGUAUGGGCCCCCACCCACGCAGGGACUUUGUAGUGCUCAGGCGUUGGUGCACAGAUCUGCCGCGGGGGGCGUGUCUUCUUGUGUCCUCUUCUGUUGACCAUGACAGUGUACAGCUGGAGGUGGGGCUAAGGGCGGUCCUUCUGACGUCACGCUUUCUGAUUGAGCCGUGUGGGAUGGGGCGGAGUCGUCUAACGCACUACUGCAGGGCAGACCUACGGGGUCGCUCUCCUGAGUGGUAUAACAAAGUGUUUGGACAUUUGUGUGCAGCAGAGGUUGCUAGGAUACGGGGCUCCUUUCCUGUCCUCUCAGCAAGAGGACCUGAGACCAAACUCUGAGAUGCAGAGAUGCUGGUGGAAGAGACCAGCGUAGCUCUGGAGAGUGCCAACUUAUCACCUCUCUCAGCGCAGACCAUCACAUGGCACUAGAUGAUACUGAGACCAGUACAGACAUUCAUGACUUCAGUCUGACUUGGAGAGACCAGCCUGAGAUGCCUGGCCCACCGUGGUGAGACCAGCACGGUAGCAGAUAUCCGUUUGCACAUGUAACUUUCCUCACAGUACUGUGUGUGUCUGUGUGCGUUCUUGUUGUUACAUUUAUCAAGCAGCAUUACUGUGAUUGUAAAGCAUAAAGAGGUUAUCAGAGGUCACUGUCCGUCUGUAGGGGAUGUUUCACUGCGUUGUCCUGCCCUGGGAAUGCUGGGAUAUUCCCUGCCUCAGCUACAGAAGGCCUUUGUAAUUUGAUGGAUACGAUGAUUCCAGUUGCUGAGUGGAGUGUUUUGAGUCAGUUGUGUGUGUGUGAACUGCAUUCAGCUCAGAUGUGUUGGGUUAGGUGAUUUUGGCCAGGGUUGUGAAUCAAAUGUGUUGAUUCAGGUGAUCUGAAUCAGGUGUGUUCAUUAGGCUGAAUCAGGUGUGUUCUGACUCAGGUGUGCUGAUUAGGCUGGAUCAGGUGUCUGUCUUGUUUUGGUAACUCGGUGCCAUUUCAUGUUUUACUUUACUUUCAGUUUCACUGAUGAUGAUAAUCACAGAUCACCCAAGAACUUAAUCAUUAUGAGAAGCACUAAAUGUAAAACUGGUCUCAGGUCAGCCAGGAAGGACACUUCUUCCUCUGUAUUUCAGUGAUUUAUUUCAAUUAACUUAUUUUUUAUUGUUGUUGCGUUUAUUAAUUGUAACAUAUCAUUUUUCAAGUCUAAUAAGGUAAUAAAUGUAAUAUUUAAAAGUACAAGAUGCCUAAGAACAGAGAUUAUUGUGCCUUUCUUUAAAUCACCUUUUUCUCAUAAAUCUCUGCUGAAAAGUUAAACUAUUGUGAAAUUAACUCAAAAACAAAGAUAUUAAAUAUACUUUUGGUUUUCUUUUUUUGUUGUUGCAUUGUAUUUGUAUUGGGGGCCAUGAGGAACAGGAAUAAACUAUUUUUUCUGAGGCCUGGAAAA